AUGUCGAACAACGACAAUGAUUCAUCUCCCAAACCCGCGGUAUCCAACCCACCGACGGCAUCACCACCAUCCACACACAACCACUCAAGCCCCGGUCACAUCCAGCCUCAGCCUCCUCCUCCUCUUCCUCCUCCUCCUCAACAAGUGAAAGAAGGAGGAGAAGAACCUCCUCACCUUACCAGCAGCAUGUCCCGUCCCAAUCCCAACAAGUGGUGGCCCGCACUCUCAUUCUCAUUCUCGUUCGCGCCCACGACCACAGACAACGUGAUCGAACUCCUCUGGGACGUGGCCCUCGCCUUCUUCGCCGUCCGCCUCGCGCUGCUGUACGCCGCCCUCGUCGCGGGCUCGUCUAUUCUCCUUCUUCUUCUCCUCCCCUUGCACUUCCCUGCACCUCUCCCGCUGCCGGUCCCGGUCACGGUGGUGCUUGCCUGCUCGGCGUUCUGGGCUCGGGUGGUGGUCAAGUGGUGCGAGGUGCCGCCCGUCGCGGGGUUCCGGCUUGCGGUGGGCGGGGCGGCUGUGGUGCUGGUCUUGCUGGCUGAGGGAGUGGGCGGGUUCGUGUGGUGUGAGGUGCUGAGGAGGCAGGGGGUGGGGAUGAUGAUGAUGGGUGGGUGGAUGAGUUUGUUGGGAGCGUUGGCUGGGUUUGGGCUGAUGCCGGCGUUGUUGAUGAUGGUUGGGGGUGGAGGGAAAGGGGAGAAAGGGAGGGCUAAUGCUGCUGCUGCUGCUGCUGGGCUUGGGGAGGGAAGUUGGGAGAAGUAA